CUCCGGGUCCACCUCCCGGUCCACCUCCGGGUCCACCUCCCGGUCCACCUCCCGGUCCACCUCCGGCGCCCGGUGUCCCGGCCCCGCGCGCGGCCGGUGCAGAGCUCGGCGGGUUCCUGCCGCGGCUGCCAGCAUGGCCCUCCCGGGAGGUGGCACGGAGGAGCCUGAGCCCCACAGGGACAGCGAGCGCCCCCUCCAGCUCUGCAACCCGAACAUCGCCGCCAUGAAGGAGGACAUCCUCUACCACUUCAGCCUCAGCACCAGCUCGCACGACCUGCCCGCCAUGUUCGGGGACGUGAAGUUCGUGUGCGUGGGGGGCAGCCCCUCCCGGAUGAGUGCCUUCAUCCAGUACGUGGCCGCGGAGCUGGGCCUGGGCCGGCCGGGCGAGGAGUACCCCAACAUCUGCGCGGGCACCGACCGCUACGCCAUGUUCAAAGCAGGGCCCGUGCUGUCCGUCAGCCAUGGCAUGGGCAUCCCCUCCAUCGCCAUCAUGCUGCAUGAGCUGCUCAAGCUGCUGUUCCACGCCCGCUGCUCCGGCGUCACCGCCAUCCGCAUCGGCACCUCGGGCGGCAUAGGUCUGGAGCCCGGCUCGGUGGUGAUCACCCGGCAGGCGGUGGACGCCUGCUUCAGGCCGGAGUUCGAGCAGCUGGUGCUGGGGCGGCGGGUGGUCCGCAGCACGGAGCUGGACGCGCGGCUGGUGCGGGAGCUGGCGCGGUGCGCCGCCCACCUGGACGAGUUCCCCACAGUCGUGGGCAACACCAUGUGCACGCUGGACUUCUACGAAGGGCAGGGCCGGCUGGACGGGGCGCUGUGCUCCUACACGGAGCAGGACAAGCAGGAGUACCUGCGGGCGGCCCACGCGGCCGGCGUCCGCAACAUCGAGAUGGAGUCGUCCGUCUUCGCCGCCAUGUGCAGCGCCUGCGGCCUCCCAGCGGCCGUGGUGUGCGUCACCCUCCUGGACCGCCUGCGGGGGGACCAGAUCGGCAGCCCCCACGACGUGCUGGCCGAGUACCAGCAGAGGCCGCAGCGGCUGGUCGGCCACUUCAUCAAGAAGAGCCUGGCGGGGGCCGCGGCCCCCGCAUCCCGGAGCCGAUGCCAGUGAGGUGGCCGCCCAGCCCGCCUGCUCCCCUCCGGCCCCGGGGCGCCCUCAUGCCGAUCGGCCUGGUUUGGGUUUUCUGUACGAACGUUCCCCUGAAAAUGGAGAUGUUUUGGGGGAAAUGUCAGACUUUUAAACG